AUGUGGAUUCAAGUGCGGACAAUGGAUGGGAAGGAAACCCAUCGGGUGGACUCUCUGUCCAAACUUACAAAGGUGGAUGAGUUACGCCUCAAAAUUAUGGAACUCUUUAAGGUGGAGCCAGAGAGGCAGCGGCUGUUUUACCGUGGGAAGCAGAUGGAAGAUGGUCAUACCAUUUUUGACUACAACGUGGGCCUCAAUGACAUAGUGCAGCUGCUUGUGAGACAGGCCUUGCCCCCCGCUGAUGUCAAAAGCAAGGACAAAGAGGCAGAGCUCUCUGACUCAGAUUCUGGCUGUGGCUCUGCCCACAGUGAGUCCGACAAGGGCUCGACUCACGGCGAGGCUGAGGGUCAGACUGCCAGUUCCUCAGCCCAGACUGACACCCCAGAACUCAUUGACCCAGGAUUUGGUUUUUACAAGAUCAAUGAGUUUGUGGAUGCCCGAGAUUUGAAUAUGGGGGCUUGGUUUGAGGCCCAGAUCGUGAAUGUUACCAAGACAACAAAGACCCCUAGUGAUGAGGACAAUGCUGAGACCAAACCAGCAGAAGAGGAGAUACACUACCACAUCAAAUAUGAAGAUUACCCAGAGAAUGGGGAAGUGCAGCUACUGGCAAAAGACGUGCGUCCUCGUGCACGUACAGUGUACCAGUGGCACCAGCUGGAGCCGGGCAUGGUGGUCAUGGUCAACUACAACCCUGAUGAACCAAAGGAACGUGGCUACUGGUAUGAUGCGGAGAUUCAGAGGAAGAGGGAGACACGAACCCAGCACGAAAUCUACGCCAAGAUACUGCUUGGUGAUGCUGGGGACUCCCUUAAUGACUGUCGCAUCAUGUUUCUGACGGAAAUCUACAAAAUUGAAGAGCCCGGUGCCCUGAGCAGCUCAGCAAUUGGGACUGACAGCCCAUUAAAAAGGUCAAACGGGCCUGAGUGCAAGCACUGCAAGGACAACCCCAAGAAGAACUGCCGGUGGUGUAACUGUCACAUCUGUGGCAUCAAGCAGGAUCCUGACAAGCAACUUCUUUGUGAUGAAUGCGACAUGGCUUUCCACACCUACUGCCUGGACCCCCCGCUCACCUCCAUCCCUGAAGAUGAGGACUGGUAUUGUCCUGGUUGUCGUAAUGAUGCCAGUGAGGUGGUAUUGGCUGGAGAGAAGCUGAAGGAGAGCAAGAAGAAGGCCAAGAUGGCUUCUGCCAGUUCCUCCAGCCAAAGGGACUGGGGGAAGGGUAUGGCUUGUGUUGGCCGCACCAAGCAGUGCACAAUUGUCCCGUCCAACCAUUAUGGACCUGUACCUGGUGUCCCAGUUGGUUCUCUGUGGAAGUUCAGAGUGCAGGUAAGUGAGUCUGGUGUCCACAGGCCACAUGUUGCUGGGAUUCAUGGCAGGAGCACUGAUGGCGCCUACUCCUUGGUCCUGGCAGGAGGCUAUGAGGAUGAUGUGGAUGAUGGUAAUGAGUUCACCUACACUGGUUCUGGAGGGAGAGAUCUUUCAGGAAAUAAGAGGACAGCUGAACAAUCAUGUGAUCAGAAACUUACCAACAUGAAUAGGGCGCUGGCUCUCAACUGCAAUGCUGCUGUCAAUGACAAAGAUGGAGCCGAGGCCAAGAACUGGAAAGCUGGAAAAUCAGUUAGGGUGAUUCGUAGCUGCAAAGGCCGAAAACACAGUAAAUACAGCCCCGAGGAUGGCAACAGAUAUGACGGCAUAUAUAAGGUGGUGAAAUACUGGCCAGAGAAAGGCAAGUCUGGUUUCCUUGUUUGGCGAUACUUCCUGAAGCGUGAUGAUGAGGAGCCAGCCCCUUGGACCAGAGAUGGCAAGGAGCGCAUCAAGAAGCUUGGUCUUGCUAUGCAGUAUCCUGAGGGUUAUCUGGAAGCUCAGGCAGCCAAAGAGAAAGAAAAAGAAAACAAAAAUGAAGACCAAGAAGAAGAGAUGCCAACCAAAGGGAAGAGGAAGAGAAAAUCUCAGGGUGGAGAUUCAGCCAAGUCCUCCCCAGCCAAGGGUACGCCCAAGAAGAUGAAGGUGGAGGUUUAUAAGCUGACCAAGGAACAAAAGUCCCUGAUCAAAGAAGAUGAGCUCAACAAGAAGUUGUGGGAUGAGGCCAUGGAGUCAUUGGCACUUGGACCUAAAUUCAUAAACAAAGUGGAAGAAAUUUUCCUCUGCAUUUGCUGCCAAGAAGUGGUCUUUCUACCCAUCACUACAGAGUGCCAACACAAUGUUUGCAAGGAAUGCCUUCAGCGGUCAUUUAAGGCAGACGUAUAUUCCUGUCCAGCCUGCAGACAUGAUCUGGGCAAAAACUACCCCAUGAGUGUCAACAAAUCCCUGCAAGCCAUUCUAAAUCAGUUCUUCCUAGGAUACAGCAAUGGGCGAUCAUGA